AUGCUGCCCGCGCAGCUCCGGAAGGCCGUGGAGGCCGCCAACCAAACUGCGCAGCAGCAAAUCAAAAAUGAAUCUGAAAACAAAAUGACUCCGGAAGAACACGGAAGGCUUGCGGAGCUGCAGCGCCAGAGGGCCCACUUGGAAAUGAGGCAGCUGCAGGCCCAAGCAGGUCUUCUCACUUCGGCCCAGGCUCAAGUUGCUGCUGCUGGUUUGGAGUGGCUUUAUGACGACCCCAAAAACAACGCAGACGCAAAAGAAAGAGAUCGAGCAA